UAACUCGUGCACACCGGAAACAGAUGCAGCAGAGCCACACAUCAACUCAACUAGUACAAAGCUGCAAUGAGUUUUGAGUGGCCCUGGCAGUAUAACUUUCCUCCUUUCUUCACAUUGCAGCCGAAUGCUGACACGAGACAGAAGCAGUUGGCGGCAUGGUGCUCGCUUGUGCUGUCCUACUGUCGUCACCGGAAGCUGUACACUCUGGAUGUGCUCGAGGCACAGGAAAGCCCCAUGUUCAACAACAAGAAAACCGAGAGAAAACUUUCAGUUGAAGCCAUACAAGUAGUUUUUGAAGAGCUGCGAAAAAAAGGUAACCUGGAAUGGUUGGAUAAGAAUAAAACACGAUGUCUUAUAAUGUGGAGAAGACCAGGGGAGUGGGGCAAACUCAUUUAUCAGUGGGUUUACAAAAAUGGUAUGGUCAACUCAGUGUUUACCCUUUAUGAACUCUCUAAUGGGGAUGACACGGAAAAGGAAGAGUUCCAUGGAUUGGAGGAUUGGAUGUUGCUACGCUCUCUGCAGGCCCUACAGGCUGAAGGGAAGGCAGAAAUUAUCACCAUGGAUGAUGGAAAAGGAGUCAAGUUCUUUUGAAUCAGGUUUUCUCAAUUCAGACUUUGGGAUGGGGUGUUGGGUUUCUGUCAGCCCAGCAUUAUCUUUUUCCUCACGGUCCACUGGAAUCUUUUUUUGGACUCUAUAUUGCACUCCAAUACUAAAUCAGCAAGUCAAAAAUCUAGAUUUGGCUGAUGAGCCCAAACAAAGAUUUAAGGAUCUUCCUUGUUGGAGCAUAUUUAAAUUGGUGGUUUUACACCUGAUAAACUAAAAGUAACUUUUGAGCCUAUUACGUGAAGAUUUUGUUCAUAAUCAUCAUGCAUAAAAAACUGAAAUGUCAGACUAAAACUAGGGAAUGUCAGUAUAUUAAUGUAGACACACACUUAAAUCCUUCCCAAAUCCCUUUUUGUGUACAUAUGUUUUUAUUUAACUUCUUUUAUUGCUGUAAAUCCUAUAAGAACUCUUGUUUUGUGUACAGUAUAACCACACAGACAAAAGACGUUUGUGAAUCCUACAAUGCUUGCUGGCAAAGAUCAAAUGUUCUUGAGGAAAAUGUCUAGUUUCUGAUGGCAGUGGAAUUCAAAUCAACAAUUUGCUGAAAUUCAUUCCUUUUCCCCAGCUGUCACUGUACCUCACCACCUUUUAUACCAAUGUGAUACUGUGAAAAUAAAUGAGGGAGAUAUUUUCGGUUCUCUCCCACAA